AUGGUUUUAAAUGACAAUGAGUGGCUGAUUGAUAAUGGAGCCACCUGCCAUAUCUAUGGUGAUAAGAAUGCAUUUCUUACUUACCAAGAGAUACAUGGUGGUGAGCAACUAUUUAUGGAAAACACCUCUGCAUCUGCUGUUGUUGGAAAGGGAAAAGUGCUUAUGAAAAUCACCUCUGGAAGGAACUAA